GGAAUCGCCUCGGAACACAGAAAGCAUGGCAGGUGCUUGUCAUUUUAACGAAGAAAUACCAACAAUCAAGUAUGAAUACCUUGACCAUACUGCAGAUGUACAGUUACAUGCCUGUAUCCUUUUAUAGAUUAUCACUGCAUCAUCACUGAGUAUCAAACACUUGUCAGACUCUGAGGAAUGGACAGUAAUAUGUCUGCUAAUUUGCAUGAUAUAAAACAUAACUCUGGGGGUGAUAACUUGAAGGAAGCUUUUGAGCAAGUUGCCACGGCGAUGUUUGGGUACAUGACAACAGAUUACAAUACGGUGGAAAUGACAGAAGUACAGGAAACAGAAGCAGAAGGUGAGGACAUGCAACAGCUCAUGUUUCACUUCCUGGACGAGUGGUUGUUUGUGUUUUGUGCAGAACCAUUCUUCAUACCAAGGAAAAUUGUGAUAACCGAAUUUGACAAAGAAAACUUCAAAAUCAAAUCUAAAGGGUAUGGUGAAGAAUUUGUCAUUGGUAAACACCCUCAGGGCACAGAAGUGAAGGCCAUCACAUAUUCAAACAUGCAAAUUCACGAAGAUUUAAAUGAAGUGUUUGUCAUUAUUGAUAUUUGAAUUAUAUAAAAUUUACGUUUUUAACACGUGUGAAAAGUGAACGUUUCAUUUAUGUACCAUACGAAUGAAUGUGAAACCAUCAUUUUUGUUAUUUAUUUGUCCCUUUCCUAUUAAAAUAAUUUUACAACAUA